AUGGCUGGCUGGCUGGCUGGCUGCACGCAACACCGUGGCCAUGGCCGCAGCACCCACGCGUAUGCUCCGGACCCCCGCAAUGAGGACGUGCUGGUCGGGAUCCGCGACGGAGUCACCGGCCGAUUUGAACUGGUGUGGCGGCCGCACGCCCGCGUGUCGGUGCUGGACAGCGGCUACAUGCUGGGUGACGGCGUGUGGGAGGGCAUACGACUGCAUAACGGUGUGUUGUACCUGGCGGAGGAACACCUGGAUCGGCUGUGGGAGGGAGCCAAGGCCAUCGAUAUGGAGCUGGGGUUAACUAGGCAGCAGCUGCAACAGCUGGUGUACGAUACGGUGGACGCAAACGGCAUGAGCUCGGGUGUUCACAUCCGCCUGAUGGUCACCCGGGGCCUAAAGCCCACCCCCUACCAGAACCCGAACAUCACCGUUGGCCAGCCGACCAUCGUCAUCAUACCCGAAUUCAAGGAGCCCUCCCCCGUGCCCCGGGAGGUUGGCAUUCGCCUGUUUACCGUACAUGUACGGCGGGGCCCUCCUGACGUACAGGACCCUGGAUGGAACUCCCACUCUAAGCUCAACUGCAUCGCCGCGUGCAUUCAGGCCAAUAAGGCGGGGGCGGACGAGGCGCUGAUGCUGGACCCCCAGGGCUUCGUAGCCACCUGCAACUCAACCAACUUCUUCAUCGUACGGAAGGGCGAGGUGUGGGCCCCCAGUCCUCGCCACCAGCUGCGGGGAAUCACUCGAGCGAGGGUUCUGGAGCUGUGUCGCCAGUACGGCAUCCCCUGUCGCGAGACGGACUUUUACCUCACACAGGUGUACAGCGCGGACGAGGCCUUCGUGACGGGUACCUUCGCUGGCGUCAUCCCAGUCGUACAGGUGGACGGUCGUACUAUUGGAAAUGGCAAACGGGGGCCUAUGGCGGCGCGGCUGCAGCAGCUCCAUACUGCUUUUGUGGACAGCUACUGCUCGGGGGGCCGCAGGUCCCUGACUGAGGAGUGGUAG